AUGGGUUACCCGGACGAGUUUGAAGGCUUCAUGAUUGAAGACCAUAGCAAGUGGACCGAGUUUAAGAAGAAGACUUUCAAGCCCAAAACAUUCGGCGACCACGAUAUUGACAUUAAAAUCGACUGUUGCGGCGUCUGCGGCUCCGACGUCCACACCAUCACGGGCGGCUGGGGAGGCGCCACUCUGCCUCUCUGCGUCGGACACGAGGUGGUCGGGCGUGCAGUCAAGGUCGGCCCGGCCGUCAAGAGCGUCAAAGUCGGAGACCGAGUCGGGGUGGGAGCCCAGAUCUGGGCGUGUCUCAAGUGUCCGCAGUGCAAGAGCGACAAUGAGAACUAUUGCCCACACCAGGUCGACACGUACGGGGCGCCGUACCCCAAGGAAGCGGACCCGAACGAAACCAUGACUCAAGGCGGGUAUUCGUCGCAUAUACGGGCGCACGAAUACUUCACGUUUCCAAUCCCGGACGAGAUCCCGUCCGAGUCGGCCGCGCCCAUGCUCUGUGCCGGCUUGACCGUUUGGUCUCCUCUGGUGCGGGCGGGAGUCGGGCCCGGCAAGAAAGUGGCCGUGGUCGGCCUGGGUGGGUUGGGUCACUUCGCCGUCAUGUGGGCCAAUGCUCUGGGUGCGGAGGUGACUGUGAUUUCUCACUCGCCGCGCAAGAAGGAGGAUGCCCUCAAGCUCGGGGCCAAGGAGUUUGUCACCAACGAUAAAAAGGGCUGGGCUGACCCAUAUGCCUUUGCUUUUGAUUUCGUCCUCAACACCGCCGACAUGACCCAUACCUUCGACAUUGCCGAGUACUUGUCGAUCUGUAAGGUCAAUGCUCCGUUUCAUCAGGUCGGCCUCCCGGACGAGCCGCUGCCUCAAUUUGAGGCCAAGGCCUUCAUGAGCAAUGGCAGUUCAAUCGGCGCCAGUCAUAUCGGGAGCCGCCCGGAGUGUCUGGCCAUGUUGAAGUUGGCCGCUGAGAAGAAGCUGUUUCCUAUGGUCGAGACCAUUCCCAUCUCCGAGGCUGGGUGUGCUGAGGCGGUCACCCGUGUCAAGAACAACAAGGUCCGUUAUCGCUUCACCUUGACCGAUUACGACAAGGCUUUUGGGCCGCGUGAAUAG